CGAGUCUAUUGAUGCUCAGAAGGUCUUUGGUUAUGCUCUUUACAAGGAUGGCAAGGAUACAAAACUAUCUUAUCCCUUGGAGCAGUAUAAUUCAGAUGUGGCUGGGAGGAGUUUCCACAAUGGCCGUUUCAUACAGAAUGCGUGAAAAAUCUGUCACUCUUUCAAAUGUCAAAUUGGAACAAGGAUCAGUGACAACACUAAUUGAGGAAAAGGGCAUUGUCAAAGGGGCGAUUUACAAGAACAAGGCUGGGGAAGAGAUGAGAACAUAUGCUCCACUGACAAUUGUGUGCGAUGGAUGCUUUUCAAAUCUGCGGAAAUCUCUCAGUGCUCCACAGGUUGAAAGUCCCUCUUGUUUUGUUGGUUUAGUUUUAGAGAACUGUGACCUUCCACACGCAAAUCACGGACAUGUGAUUUUGGGAGACCCUUCGCCCAUCCUGUUUUAUCCUAUUAGUUCCACUGAGGUUCGUUGCUUGGUCGAUAUACCUGGAACAAAAGUCCCUUCAGUAGCUAAUGGUGAAAUGGCCAACUAUUUGAAGAUUGUGGUGGCUCCUCAGAUCCCCCCUGAGCUGUACAAUGCAUUUAUGGCUGCUGUAAACAAGGGAAACAUCAGAUCCAUGCAAAACAGAAGUAUGGCUGCUAAUCCUCUUCCAACUCCUGGUGUAAUUUUAUUGGGAGAUUCGUUCAACAUGAGGCAUCCUCUAACCGGUGGAGGAAUGAUCGUGGCUCUUUCAGACAUUGUUCUUCUCCGCGACCUCCUCAGACCCCUACAUGAUUUUGAUGAUGCACCAGCUUUGUGCAAUUAUCUCGAAUCCUUUUAUACACUGCGUAAGCCUGUGUCAUCUACUAUAAACACGUUGGCGGGUGCUUUGUACAAGGUGUUUUGUGCAUCGCCUGAUCCAGCAAGACAGGAAAUGCGUGAAGCAUGUUUUGGCUAUUUAAGCCUUGGAGGAAUCUGUUCAUAUGGACCAGUAUCUCUGCUCUCUGGCCUUAACCCUUGUCCACUUCACUUGUUUCUGCAUUUCUUUGCUGUUGCUAUCUAUGGCGUUGGGCGCUUAAUGCUUCCGUUCCCUUCACCACAACGCAUGUGGCUUGGUUUUACAUUGAUCAUGAGUGCAUCAGGCAUCAUAUUCCCCAUUAUAAAGGGUGAAGGAGUUAGACAGAUGUUAUUUCCAGCAACGGUGCCAGCAUAUUAUAGAUCAACACCCGUAUGUUUAUUGAAGAAAUGAGAUGAGAAUAUUUGGUCACAGGAACUUAGUAGUUAGUACCCAGAUUUUUUAUAUAUGAUGACCAAUUUGUAUCAGUAUCAGUAUCAGCAGUCUUGGUUCCCGACCCCCUGUAGAAUUAGAUAUCAAGAUGGGAGAGUGAUAAAUUUAGGAGAUAGCAAAUCAUGUUCUUGAUUCUUUUUUAGGAAUUAUUGUUCUGCAAUAGGAACCAGCUACAUUUCGCAUUUUAAUCAAACUUGUACAAAGUUAUAGCAGUGAUAUAUUUAUAUA